AUGUCUCUGAAUAAUAUAACCGGUAACCAAUAUGGUCUAAUUAUUCCAAAUAAAAAGCCUAAUCGGGAACCAGCUAAAAUUGUUCCUGAAAAAAAUGUUUUCGGCGAAGAAUCGGAAGAAGAAGAGGAUGCUAAAUUCAAACAUCCGAGUUUUGAUGUCAAGAUGGAAACUUUGAAGGCUAGUCUGCGCAAAUCAACAAAAAUUAAUCUUGAAAAAGCUCUCGAAGAAGACGCCUCCGUUUUUCAGUAUGAUGAAGUCUAUGACGAGAUAACUCGAGAAAAGGAGCAUAAAAUUUCAGAGAAGAGUAUGCCCACUGCAAGAAAAUCGAGGUACGUAAAUAAACUCCUCGAAGUUUCCGCAGUUAGGAAACUUGAGAAGGAGCUUCAUAACGAACGAAAGGCACAAAGAGAACUUGAAGCUGAAAAGGAUAAGUAUGCUGAUAAGGAGUCCUUUGUAACAGGAGCAUAUAAAGCGAAAAUGGCUGAGUUAAGAGAACUUGUUGAAAAGCGUCGCCAGGAAGAAGCGAUUGAGGAUGUUAUGGAUAUUACGAAACAGGACGGUUUGGGAGGAUUCUAUCGGUAUAUGUAUCAACAGAAAACUGAUUCUAAGCCUGGCUCGAAAUCGCAAGAUGUCGCCUCUAAAAAGGAUGAGAAAUCAGAAAAACCGUCAUCGUCUCUAUCUCCACCAAAUAGCAAAUAUCGCCAGGAGAAUGAUAGAGAGCGAUAUAUACCCUCAUCAUCUCGAACUCGAAAUCCCUCAUCACCUCCGCGUUACAAGGAAUAUCGAACUGAGUCAAGUCGCCGAAGCGAACAUGUUGGACAUCGGCCAGAUAAAAAUAAGCAUUCCUCGUCGUCUUCACAUCACAAUCAUCAUCGACGUCAUUCCAGUAGCCCCGAGAAGCAUAGCUCCAGGCAUCGUCAUUCUGUCUUCAAUGAUCGCAAAAAUCGAGAAAACCGGAGGAAAGAUGGUGGUGAAAAAACUGCGACGAAGGAGGUGGGGAAGAAAGUUGAUCAAUCUCCGCCUCCUCCAGGUUUUAUUCUGGCCAAACCGCGACAGAUUACAGAUGAAGAGAUUCAGGAAGCUAGGAAACGAUAUUUGGCUCGAAAGUCGGCUGGCCUCAACCGUCCUACUGUUGUUCACUCAGAUGAUGAAUAUUAA